CAAACAGAGGUGAGAGAAUUCAUCUUGAUGGGCCUGACCAAUCUCUGGCAGCUUCAGUGUACACUCUUUGCCAUCUUCCUGAUGAUGUAUUUGGCCAGCCUACUGGGGAAUGCAACUAUUGUGCUUGUUGCAAUAGUUGAACCAAAGCUGCACACUCCCAUGUACUUUUUUCUUGGAAACCUUUCCUGCCUUGACAUCUUCUUUUCCACAGUCACUGUUCCAAAGAUGCUAGCUGGUUUUCUGAUGCCGGUCCAAACCAUUUCCUUUGCUGGCUGCAUGGCCCAGCUCCACUUUUUCCAUUUCUUGGGCAGCAGUGAAGCCAUUCUUCUUGGAGUAAUGGCGUUUGAUCGCUAUGUAGCAAUAUGCAACCCCUUGCGUUACACCAUCAUCAUGCGCAGGCAGGUUUGUCAAAUCUUGGCAGCAGCCACUUGGUUUGCUGGCUUUUUUCAUGCCCUAAUGCAUGCAGUGGCAACUGCCCGUCUGCACUUCUGUGGGCCAAACCACAUUGAACACUUUUUAUGUGACAUCAAACCUUUGCUGAAACUGGCCUGUGGCAGCACCCACCUCAACCUCAUGCUCCUCAACACUGUAGCUAGUUCCGUUGCCAUGGGACCUUUCAUUGUCACACUCCUCUCCUAUUUCUAUAUUAUCAUAUUUCUUCUAUUCAAAGUGCAAUCCCAAAGUGGUCGACAGAAAGCCUUCUCCACCUGCGGAUCCCAUCUGAUGGUGGUUGGAUUGAUGUACGUGCCAGUGUUGUUUAACUACAUGCUGCCCUCUGUGGAGAAUGCUUCUCAAAGAGAAAUGAUGGUGACCCUCAUAUACAGUGCAGUUACCCCAGUUUUGAACCCACUUAUUUAUACACUGAGGAACCAGGAAGUCAAAACUGCUGUGUUAAAGAUUUUCGGCAGAAUAUUUCAGUUUCCACUGAAAGGAAAAAAUCAGAAAAGACUUUGUGAAUAA